AUGACCGGCCAAACUCCCAAAAUCACCCUAUACACAUACUUCCGCUCCACCUCUGCAGCCCGACUGCGUAUCGCUCUCAACCUCAAAUCAAUCCCCUACACCCCCGUCCCCGUAAACCUUCUGAAAGGCGAGCAGUCAUCCUCCACCAACCGUGCCCUCAACCCGUCUGGCACCGUCCCGACCCUUGUAGUCGAGCGCCCAGCAUCCCAGGGCGCAACGGUGACCAUCACGCAAUCGCUUGCCGCGCUCGAAUACUUAGAAGAAAUCACACCGGCAUCAUCCCAUGCUCUCCUCCCACCGACCUCGGACCCAGAGUCCCGUGCGGUCGUCCGCACCCUCUGCGAGAUUAUUGGCUGCGAUGUACAGCCAGUCACGAACCUGAAGAUCCUGAAGCGGGUUGGCCCGUUGGGAUUCGACCGGGAGACUUGGUCGAAGGAGCUUAUUGACGACGGGUUCCGCGCUUAUGAGACCAUUGUUUCGCGGACGGCGGGAGUAUUCAGUGUUGGUGAUGCUAUUACUAUGGCUGAUGUGUGUUUGCUUCCUGCUGUGUGGGGGGCACAGCGCUCUGGUGUGAACUUGGCCGAGUACCCUACUGUACAGCGGAUUGCGGAACGUUUGGAGUUGGAAGAUGCGGUGAAGAAGGCGCAUUGGAGGACGCAAAGUGAUACACCUGAAGAAUUCCGGCUGAAGGAAUCUUCGUAG